CCCGCCAGCGCGCUCUGUUCCCGCGCGCACCCGUGGCGCGCACUCUCCCGCGGCACCGCUGCCUGCUCUGGCGAUGCCCGGUGAUUGUCAAUCCCGUUCUCUGGGCCCGACCGCAUGUUGGGGUCGGAAUCGUCGCCGCCGCCGCCUUCUGCUGUCUCUCGGGGCAGCGGAGAUGCUCCUCGGGGGCCUGAUCGUGGCAGUCAGCUUCGCCGCUCUGGCGCUCACCUCCUCGGCCAGGGUCAGGCAUUCAUGUCCUUUCUGGGCCGGUUUCUCGGUGCUUUUAUCAGGGCUAAUUGGUAUUGUUUCCUGGAAAAGACCCAUCUCCCUGGUGAUUACCUUCUUCAUGCUGCUGUCAGCUGUGUGUGUGAUGCUGAACCUGGCUGGCUCCAUCCUUUCCUGUCAGAAUGCUCAGAUGGUGACCUCCCUGGAGGAAUGUCACCUGUAUAAAUUUGAUGGUGACGGUGUGUGUGUUUGCUGUGAGAUUCAGGAGCAAACAAAAGGCUGCAGCAGCUUUACUGAAACACUGAAACUUAACCCAGUCCGACAGUGUGGCAUUGUGCAUCUAGCUUUAAAGGAUCUUUUAUUCAGCAUCUGUGCACUGAAUGUUAUCUCUACCAUCAUAUGUGCCUUGGCGACUGUGACGUGCUGUAUGCAGGUGGCCACAGCUGAUAUUGUGCAGAUGCUUAUUCCACAGAGAGUUCCAAAUCCUGAGUGCGUGUCUCCCCAUGGUACAGUUCUGCAGCAACCACUGGAUUUUGACGAAUUCAUCCCUCCUCUACCACCUCCGCCAUACUAUCCUCCAGAAUAUACCUGUAGCCCAGGAGUUGAGACCCAGAGAAACUUGCACCUGGACUUCCCUCCCUCCCCCUUCAGCACCAUUAACAGCCCUAGCUGCCUCUACCCUGCAGAGCUGCCUCCCCCAUAUGAAGCUGCAGUUGGACAAACCUCUACUAAUCAGGGCAGCACGCUGGAUCACCACAGCUCAGAGUCUUCGCAGAAUUCCAGUUCCAGUCUGUCUGAGAGGAAUAUCUUCACAGCCUUCAGUACACAAGUGCCUGUGGACAAUGUCUUGCUGACAUUGUGUGAAUCUGCUGAUAUCCUAGAACAAAAUGGCAUGUCCAUGGAUUGCUGUUCAGUUGAAAUUCAGGAAUCUGUACACUCUGCAGCCAGUGUGAUACCUGCCACAACCACAGACCAUGGUUGCACCAGUUUGGAGGCUGAUAUUGGGUGGCAAUGCAGGACUUAUUCAGAAAGUUUCUGUGAGGAGGGAAACAAUUCACCAGAUCUGUCACUGAGCUCUGUAAGCUGGCAAGAGCACAGAUUGUCAGAAUGUUCUGCAGUGAGUUCCAACACAGUGGAGAAAAUGCCCCAAACACCAGCCCAGGUCUGCACUUUAUCACUCAAACAAAUUAAAAUGUGCUGUGGAGUCUUCAGGCAGUCCUCAUCUGCCACUGUGCCAGACAGAGUCAGGCCAGCUGCUCAACAGAAGACUGGUGGGAACAGAAUAAUCCGAUCUAGUAGUGAUCCUGCCACCUGCACGUCUACAAAAGCUCAUUAUCAUGAACUUCAUUUUGUCACUUUGAGCCAUCUUCCCAAACGUUUCCAGUCGAUAAAACAGCAGAGUUACAUGGUGAAGAUGGAUGGGCAUCGAGAGCAGCAAGCACUGCAGGAAGUCUCUAGGGAGCGACCCCACUCUCUUGUUGACCUGAAAGCCUACAAGGACACAAAAAUAUUGGUGGCUAAAUUCUUGCAGCAUUCAAACUGCAACCUUGCUCCUGAGGUACAACAUGUAAUCAACAGCAUCCGAUCUGUCAUCAGGUUAGAUGAGCAACACAUGGAGGAAGCUAUUUAUAGUGCCAACAUCAUUGACCAGGUGAUGACAAGUUCUCAACAACCAAUGAAUGUGAUAAGUUUGCGAUUACAGGAGAAUCUUCACCUUCUUAGCUGUGGUGAUGUCAGCUCGCCAACAGCUUCAGUACGGACUGUCCAAGUAGACCACAGAUUUGAACAUGAGCAGCCACAGUUUAGUUUGAUAGAUGUGUGCAAAGAGACAAUUCUGUGAGACCUGCUGUGUGGAUUGUGCCAUUUUAGAUUAAAAGAAUGUGGACAGGCAAGGGACAGAUUGGUCUACAUUCAAACUUGGAGCUAAAUAUCAUCUUUCCUAAGGGCAGCACAGUGGCUCAAUGGUUAGCACUGCUGCUACACAAUGCCAGGGACCUGGAUUUGAUUCCAAUCUCGGGCAACUACCUGUGUGGAGUUUGCACACUCUCCCCCUGUCUAUGUGGGUUUCCUCUAGAUGCUGCAGUUUCCUCCCACAGUCCAAAGAUGUGCAAGUUAGAUGGACUGGCCAUGGGAAAUGUAGGGAUAGGGUAAGGGGAUGGGUCUGAGUGGGAUGUUCUUCGGAGGGUCGGUGUGGCCCUGAUGGGUGGAAUAGCCUGCUUCCACACUGUAGGGAUUCAUAUGAAGAGACAGAAUUCCUCUUGGAAGAAGAUAGGGAAUAUUUGAAAAAUCUAUUUAUGAUUGUGAAAACUGGAAGAAGUUUGAAAACAUUGGAUAAAUUGUUGCCCUGACACUUGUCUACAUGGGAUGUAUGCCUGACCAUUUGCAAUGUUUUGAUAAAAGUAUUUAUAAUGUAUUGCUGCUGAUCGAUUAUGAGGUUAAGAUGAUUAUACUGUCUGGGCCUGUUACUGAAUAAUCCCAGUAACUUGCCAUUCUUCCAGAACUGCACCUGCUCCAACUUGCAGCAACUCAAGUUAUUUUGCUGAUUGUUAGGACAUGACAGAACUGGUAGCACUUUCCAGGAUGUCCUGAGUUAAUCCUUCAACUGUUUGAGAACCAUGUGAGACAAUGAAAAUGCUGAAGUGGAGUUAUUCUUAAACUGAGACCAGUUAUCCUCAGUUAGCACACGACUGGACUUAAAAUGCAUGAUAAAGUUUAAACGUUUGUGCCUGUCAUCUUGUUUGUGUGCCAAAGCUCACAAAGAGCUCAUGAAGAGUUGAAUAAACCAAUGGUUCAAAGGAUCCAGGGAGGUGAUCACUGACACAUCCUAAUAUAUCAGUUCCCUGGUGUUGCCUCCUUUCAUUUGCAAAUCCAGGCGUGUGGGUGAGAAGGCCAGAACCAGGCAUAGCCCAAUGACAUCUACUUGUGUUCAAAAUCACGAAAGAACAAAAUACCAGCCUCAUGAUUGUGACUCAUUCAUCAAUCAUUGAACAACUGCAAUAUUGCUGUUCUAAGAUGUAUUCAAUAUUAAUAUAUUUUAACAUUAUAUGGAAAAGAAAUAUAAAAUAUAAACUGUCCUUGAGAUAGCCACCUAAUAGUGAAUGAAAACAAAAUAUCUCAUGUGAGGAGCCCUGGCCAUGUUUAGGUUUUUAAUAUGUGACUCCCUAAUCAGUAACAGAAUCUGAGGAGAGCUGAACUAAGCAUCUGUUGUAUAAGAGUUUGACUAAAAUAUUAAAUUGCCACAUUUAUUUUUCUGUAUUUCUUUGUAAACUGAGUUGAAU